CAAACAAACAAACAUAUGAUUCCAAAAUUGAAAAUACGACACAAAAAAUAUCACACAAGUGGGUUGAAAUCUCUAGCGUAAAGUUUGCAUUACAUAUUGUUACUUUAUAUUCACACCAUAACCAACACACUACUCCUGCUCCACCUCAAUCUCUAAAUCUCCUCCCACAAUUCAACAUCAAGACACAGCUUCAGUAGCAAAAUGGUGAAGCUGAAAAUCCCAGACCAUCAAGUUGCCGGUCACCAAGCAAAAACUGGAAUCAUAGGUCCUCUCAUUGACGAUUCUGGAAAAUUCUACAAGCCUCUUCAAGAUGACGAAAGAGGUUCCAAUGAACUUGCUUUCUACACUUCCCUCUAUUCCGAUCCACGAAUCCCUUCCAACAUUCUUAAAUUCUUCCCUUCUUUUCACGGCACUGAAGUCGUCGAUGCCUCCGACGGUUCCGGUCUACAUCCCCACAUCGUCUUAGAAGAUAUCGUCAGCAAUUACACCAACCCCUCUGUGGCCGACAUCAAGAUCGGUUCUAGAACAUGGCACCCACAAUCCUCCGAAGAUUACAUUCGUAAGUGCCUCCAGAAAGAUCGAGAAACUUCCACAAUCAAAUUAGGGUUUAGAAUCUCCGGGUUGAGGUCUAUGGGUCCCACUAAUCAAUUAUGGCAGCCUCAUAGAAAGGUUCUUAUGGAUCUUUCUGCUGAGGAUGCUAUGUUGAUUUUGAGAAAAUUUGUUUCAUCUGAUGGUAAUGUUGACGAGCCUGAUUGUGUUUUUGCUUCAAGGGUUUUUGUUCAUGUUUUGGAGGAAUUGUUGGAGCUUAAGAAAUGGUUUGAAGUUCAAACCAUUUUUCAUUUUUGUUCAUGUUCUAUUCUUGUGGUUUAUGACAAAGAAGAAAUUGAAGCGAAGAAAAGUGCACGUGCUGUUGUUAAGCUUAUUGAUUUUGCUCACGUGGUUGAUGCUAAAGGUGCUAUUGAUCAUAAUUUCUUAGGGGGUCUUUGUUCUUUGAUUAAGUUUGUUAAGGAUAUUUUGGCUGGUUUAUCUGAUGUUGAAACCUCAAACCCUAAACCUUAAACUUAAGUGUAAAAUUCCGCGAAGGAAUAUUUUUCUUAGAGCAGAAAUAUAGAUUUGGUUUAUGUUGUAAUCCGCUUGAAUUUGACAUUGAUGACUUAAACAGAGGUUUGGUUCUGUUCUUCGACUAAUAAGAUGACUGAUUUUGUAAGGUC